AAAAACACAAAAGAUUAUACUAAAAGUAAAUCGUUUGCGCUUUCGUCUUAUUCUUGCAAAGUAUUCGCAAGUUGAAGUGUAAAUAAUGUUGUGGUUAGCGAUUUCAUUGUUGACAAUAAACACGGCACUAGCUACCGAAAACCAAAAACUUGAGAAUACUGCAAAGAUUCUGGAACUGCUUAAUGACUUUAGAGGGAAUGUUGCAUCUCUAAGAAACGAUCUUAAAACUGUGAAGAACAAACUAGAACAUCUUAGUAAACAGCACGCCACGGACACAUACACGAGAUGGGGACGGUCUUCUUGUCCUCCUGGAGCUACGACUGUUUACGACGGGUUUACUGCUGGGUCGCAUUACACGCAUUCUGGUGCAGCAGCUAAUCAUAUGUGUUUGUCAAAGAAGCCAAAAUAUCACUCCCACUAUAAAAAACCAAAGUGGACGACACUUAUAUAUGGUGCCGAAUACCAAACUCAUGGCAGUAUUUGGGACAAAUUAUCGAGACAUGAAAUCCCAUGUGCUGUUUGUCAUGUUCCUCGUACGAGCAUUAUAAUGAUUCCUGGAAGUGACGAUUGCCCAGACAACUUCAAGAUAGAAUACAGGGGUUACUUGAUGGCUGGAUAUCAUACCCAUAAGGGAGGAACCGAAUACAUAUGCUUCGACGGUAAUCCAACUGCUGCAGAAUAUUCAAGCCCAUUGAAUAACAGUGGGGCUUUGUUUUACUUUGUUGAAGCGGUAUGUGGUUCAUUGAAAUGUCGGCCUUAUGAAUCGGGGAAACAGAUCACUUGUGCUGUGUGCUCGUACUCUCCUUAAAACGCUUGAAGGAGCCACCACGGAGGACUUUUGACUGGGCCGGAAAUAUUUUAUCGAGAUAUAUGUAUCAUUAGCUGUAAUUGUGGGCAAAUAACCUUUCACUGUUAUAUAUUAAUUUUCUGAUAAUUCGGGAUGUUUUUUCCUGACUAUAUAUUUCAAUUGUGACAAAUGACCAAAGAAGGGAAAGCGUUUUAACGCUUCUAAUUCAAAUUGGGCAAAGAAUUGCUGAUAAAUACGUUUUCCAAUUCAAUAUUACUGCAAUAUCGUAUGCAUACCUCGCCGUUUUAACUGACGCCAGCCCCUUCCCAUCCCCUCCGCCAGUUAAUCUAUGUAAUAAAAUUAUAUUUAAAGGGCUUUCUUUGGGGUGAACAUCGGUGGAGUUCCUCUAGCAGAAUUUAAAAAAUAAACAUUAUAAAUAACACGGUAUGUGGUUAAACUAAGUGCAAUUCUAAAGGACUUGGUUUAUUUUGCUUUACGUCCACUUGCAACAAUAACUAUUGUUCAUGAUUAAUGCAUCUAUACAGUCAAAUUUCGAGUACGUCAAUUAAUGAUCCUCUGCUUUAAAGGAAUUUGUUGGUAAUAGCUUAAAAUAUGUGUUACCUAAAACAUAAAUUAAUGUCUACAGAAUCUCUUUUGCUUCCUAUUUAAAGAAAGCAAAGUUCGCCUCACUUGAAGUAAGGUAUACACAGUUGCAAGAACUUAAAAGCCAUUAUUUGUAAUUAUGUCUGGCAAUAAGAGCAUGAAGGACGAUGAUUUAUUUCUUGUUAUCUUGUCUUUCUAUUUGAAUGCUUCUCGAACAGAAAAUGUGUGAUAUGUAUUUCUAGAUGGUAACUGUUCUCACCUUUUCAACACAAUAGUAAAUAUAGACUGAUUGAAUAUAGCAUUUAGGUUUAACAUACGCUAAUAAAAAAGAACCAUGUGAACAA